GGACCCUUCGCGCCUUCAUACUCAUUCCGCAUCAGAGAAUAUAUCGCCAGCUCCCGACAGUUUCGUCCAUCGCUCGACCUCUCUGCCCUAAUUGAGCCACCUGCCGGUUGCCUUUGCGGUAAGGAACCGAGACUCGACGCCGCCAUCCAUCCCACAGUCCCCAAGGCAUAUAAGACAAACCCACAGAACGGCUUCCGCCAUGGAUAUCGACAUGAGCCGUCGCAACAAGGUCCCGCGGCCUUUGUCCGACUCGGAACGAGCCCGGUUGGACGAGUUCAUUGACUCUAUUCACUACUCGGCGCGAUACUCUGACAGCGAGUACGAGUACCGUCACGUACAACUGCCCAAGGCCAUGCUUAAAGCCAUCCCAAAAGACUACCACGAUUCUUCCCACGGAACCUUGAAGCUGCUAUGGGAAGAGGAAUGGCGAGCACUCGGUAUCACUCAGAGCUUGGGUUGGGAACACUACGAGGUGCAUGAGCCGGAGCCGCACAUCCUACUGUUUAAGCGCCCUCUCAACUACCAGCCUCCCCAGUGAUCCGCACUGAGAAGAGGCCGAGAGAGGACAAUACCUCGUCUUUGCAGACCGCAGCAGAUGGGAUAAAGACGGCGCAU